AUGGCUUCUUCGUCCGCUUCGAGGCCGUCGAGGCCCAGCGAGAACCCUUCUCGUCAUUCUAUAAGCGCCACUUCUGGUUUCAGGCUCAAGGAUGCUCAUGCGCCUCUUCGAUCCCAUCCUCAUGCUCCUGCUCGUGCCAAGCUUAGGCAUGCUGUACCGCCAUCGAAAACCAUGGCAGAGUCCGACGACUCACCGCAUGUCUGCCACAACUGUCAUCAGAUGCACACUCGCUUCUUUUGCGACCCAUGUCUCACAUCUCGGAUAGAGGCUCACCAUGACGAGAUGCGUAGGCUAUCCCAAGCUCGAGAUAAAGCAAAGCUCUUUGUCACCACCCUACUCUUUGACAGCACUCAAGACGACGCUGUUGCCAACCUUGGUGCGGCAUCAAGGCCAACAUCGCCGCCGCGCAUAGCUCGGCAUGACACCCUACCAGAUCCAUUCGAAACCAACGCCGCCGAGCCGACCUCAUCCCAAGUAUCUCCUCAACAACACCUUUUGCCUCGUUCGCUCAUUCAACUGCGAGCACAGAGAGCUACCAUACUGUCGCGUGUGCAAGAGAUCCAUAAGUGCAUUUCCGAGUCCCAACAUACUCAUCUACACGCCAAGGAACUCCUGAAAGAGAAACAUGCACACCUCGCGCUGCGAAAGCAAAACCUCGCCAAAGCUUGGUCCAGCCUGGAAGGUUCUUCCGCCGCUGCUUCGAUCUCGGCGGCUCAGCGCUCACGCAAUGCAGCCAAAUCACGCUGGCUUACACACCCAGCCGCAGAUCACAUCGAUGCCCAACUUGUCUAUACAGACGUCUACAGCCAUUACGAACGUCAGUCUGACCAAUCUGGCCCCAGCGACACUUGGACGCCAGAUUCAACAGAUCAUCAGCUGGGUGCCACUCUCACUCGCGCCAGACUCGAGCUCGCCUCUCUUCAGGCGGAAGGCGCCGUCUUCUCUACUCAACUUGCCGCAACGCGAGCCGCGCUUGCACGACAAGCUUUCCGUCUCUUUUCCGUCACUUCUCCCGACAUGAUUGCAUCUAAACACACUAGCUCCUCAAAGCCUCGCCAGGUCGACCUCUCUGCCAGCAGCUCAGUGGCACAGCGCAUUAGCAAGCUAUCUGAGCGGUAUAUACCCGGCGCAUUCGGCCUUGGCCACAUGAACGCCUCGCACCACCGUCAUCCGAAAUGCGACUCAGCAGCAGCACCGAGCCAACGAGGCAGCAGCACUUGCUCUGCAAGCCCUUCUCUAUCGUCAAGCAAUUGGUCCAUCGUCUCCCUCCCACUACCGCUUCCAAGCGAAGCACGAAGAUACCCGCGCGACACCGUCAAUGGUGCCGUCACCUAUGCAGCCAACUUGCUCCAGCUUCUAGCUGGAUACCUCGGCGUCUCUUUGCCCUUUGCCAUCGAGCAACACAAGGGCAGGCUUGCUAUCCGUCCUGAUCCGCUUUGGGACGGCGGCGGUGGUUCCAGUGCAAAGACGCUCUAUCUUUCCUCGAGCGCAUACACCCAUCUCACUGCCUCACAGCCGAACCAAGCUCGACCGUCCAAGCUGAACAAUCUUGCAGAGUCUACAUUUGGUCUUGGCGCUUCUACUCUGUCGACGAUCGAAUCCUAUAUCCAUCUGCCCUCGGGCACUGGCCUGCCGUGGGGGUUGACGUCCAACACCGCAUCCUCUGCCAAGUCCGGCUGGAAUGCGGAUGUGCAGUCAGAGCAGUCAUACAGAGACACGCAAGGUUCGCUUGCUUCUUCCGGAUUCGCUACGAGUAGCUCGUCAAGCUCCAGAUCGAAGCCGGACCAGGCUGCUAAAUCGUUCGUCUCGGCGCUUGUUAUGUUUUCUUACAACGUCGGGUAUCUUGCUAGCAAGCAAGGAAUCAAGCUUGAUUUGGUGGCAGCCGCAGCCAAUCCACUUUCGCUUUUGGACCAGAUCAUUGAGCAACCCGAGCUCGGUCGUUUGGCGCAUGCCAAUCACAUUCGCGCUUCCAGUAUUCAGGAUCUCAGUCUGCCCUCUCUGGAUUAUGAGCAGCUCGCACAGAUUCUCGAACCAAGCAACGCAGCUGCUGAGGGUUACAAGCCUGGUGUUUCGAGAUCUGGCAGAUCUCACUCGUCGAGAAAUGCGGUUGCACUUGGACAGACUAACUCAAAGUCGGCAAAAGUGGCCAAGAUUCUGGAACAAAGUUAUGUAGAUGUGGGUCAAGCAGCUGCAUCGAUGCUCGACAUUAAGGAUCCGUCUUUUGUUGCGCGCAAAGCAGAUCGACACGCAACGUCGGGUCGGAACAGCUUGCCCAAGUCUGAGUCUGGUCAGGAUGCGAUGCCAAAGCAGAGCGGCGGAAAUGAAGCGAUCAGCAGCUUGCAAAAGCAUCAUACGGGUGGAGCAGAUAGGCGCAGUCAACCCAAUCCGACAGCACAUGCUCCUCCUUCGCUCGACUUUUUGCGACAAAGAGGACGCGAUGCAACGAAAGCAAAGACUACCACACCAAGCGAAGAUGUGGGUGAAUCAAAGAGAGAGGUACAGGAGGAUCCACCGCGAUCUGCGCAGACUACGCCGACUAGGGUGGGCCCGGGUGCUGUCAUCUUUAAUGGUGUUGAGGUAGGGGUGGGUAAUCUCGAUCCGACUGAACGCUCACAAAGCCGUGCGAUCGACCGGAAAUCACGCAAGCAGUUUGCAGAAGAAGGUUGGGAUCUGGUUUGA